AUGACGGUGACCUACACCAACCGGGUGGCCAAUGCCCGCCUGGGCACCUUCUCGCAGCUGCUUCUACAAUGGCGAGGGAGCAUCUACAAACUCCUCUACUGCGAAUUCCUCAUCUUCCUCACCUGCUACUUCUCCAUCAGCCUCAUCUACAGACUGUUCCUCAAUGACAGUCAGAGGCUCCUGUUCGAGAAGCUGUCACUCUACUGCAACAACUACGCCGAGCUCAUCCCUGUCUCCUUUGUGCUGGGUUUCUACGUGACACUGGUGGUCUCUCGCUGGUGGGGCCAGUACCAGAGCAUCCCGUGGCCCGACCGGCUGAUGAACCUGGUGUCCAUCAGCGUGGAGGGCGAGGACGAAUACGGGCGGUUGCUACGCCGCACCCUGAUGCGCUAUGCCAACCUGGGCGGCCUGCUCAUCCUGCGCUCCGUCAGCACCGCCGUCUACAAGCGCUUCCCAACCACCGGCCACAUGGUCCGCGCGGGCCUCAUGACCCCAGAGGAGCACAAGCGGUUCGAGGGGCUCGACUCCCCGCACAACAAGUUCUGGGUCCCCUGCGUGUGGUUUGCCAAUCUGGCAGCGAAGGCUCGAAGGGAGGGCCGGAUCCGGGACAGCGUCAUGCUCCAGGGCAUCCUGAGCGAGCUGAACAACUUACGCUCCCAAUAUGGGCGGCUGUAUGGCUACGACUGGAUCAGUGUACCGCUGGUCUACACACAGGUGGUCACUGUGGCCGUCUACAGUUUCUUCCUGGCCUGCCUGAUUGGGCGGCAGUUUCUGGAUCCGGCCAAGGCGUACCCUGGUCACGAGCUGGACUUCUUUGUGCCCGUCUUCACUCUCCUCCAGUUCUUCUUCUACGCAGGCUGGUUGAAGGUGGCAGAGCAGCUCAUCAACCCCUUCGGAGAGGACGACGACGACUUUGAGACCAACUGGCUCAUUGACAGGAACCUGCAGGUGUCCCUCCUGGCUGUGGACGAGAUGCACCAAGACCUGCCUGCCCUGGAAAAGGACAUUUAUUGGCACCAGACGGACCCCCGGCCGCCCUACACCGCGGCCACCGCCGAGUCCAAGCGCGCCUCUUUCCUCGGCUCCACGUUCGACAUCAGCAUGCAGAAAGAAGACAUGGAGUUCCAGCCCCUGGAGCAAAUCAAAGAGAACGAGAAAGUCAACCACUCGACCCCUUUCACGAGCCACUUCGGCCGCCUCUUAGGGGCACGGUCCCCCGGUUUCUCUCGGUCCUCUUCGCGGGCGAAGCUGCUGAGCAAAAGAAACGAGAUCUCCCCGAUCCCCCACUGCCCCUACCGGGACGCGGGCAACGAAGACUGCACGCUCCUGCGGGAAUUUGACGCCUUCACGUCGACUCCCUUCUGCGACAGGCCCGGCUUCUACAGCGCCCCGCAGACCCCCAUCAGCUCCUUCCCCAUGGUCCUCCCGCCCAGACGCCCAGGCCGCAAGAAGCCUCCCGCCCUCUCCUGCAUCGCCACCUCCUCCGCUUCGCCACGGGACAACUGUGCCAAUCCGUCUCCCUCCCGGGCCAGCGACGUGGACAGGAGUCAGAGCUCCGUGGCCUCUGGUGCGAGAGACAGUUUUGUCUGGCCCACGGAGAGGAUCGAAGCCUCGGGCGCCUCGGUGGGAACCACGGACGGGAACCACCCGACCAAGCGGGCCGGAGGGCUCAGCCCCCACGGGGGCUCGGAAGUCGAGUCCGCAACUUUGGAAAGUCCCACGCAUCCGUUCUGGCAGGAUUCUCCCGAUUUGGAGAAGCAGACUGGCUUUGGGACGUCUAAGAGUUCAAAAGGUCACCGUCAGCCCCAGCUGGCUCUGGAGAAUGCACCCCAAGACGGCCCCAACACCGUCUCUGUCAACCCCCCGGCCACCUCCACGGGGUCAGACGACCAUCCCAGCUUCCCGACCCUCACCCCUCCGGCGUCAACACUGCCGGAGCAGGCUAGGCUCAGGAACCCGUCUGCUCCCUUCGGCACAGGCUCAGGAGAGGCUUCCGGCAUCCUCUGCCACGCUUCUAGAGACUUUUCAGGAUCUUCCACCAACUCGGGAAAUGGAUUCGGUGCCCAUCGCACCAGGGAGCCCAGGAUUGCGGAGAACCCCUCCCCCAACGACUCUGGCAUCUCCCUGGCAGAGGGAGAGGUGGGAAGGCUCAUGGAAGCGAUCCUGGAAGCUGGGGAGUGCCUCCCCGAUGAUGAUCAGACAGACAUGUGA